AUGCGUUUUCUAUCAUUUCUUCUGUUAAUCGGGAUAUCUGUCCUCGUCGCUUCUCAAGCUUCGAAGACAUGCCGUACUCGAACCCACGAACCAGUCACCGAACCUAUCACCGAGCCUAUCACCACCAAGCCAACCACAAAGCCAACAACCAAGCCUACCACUAAAAAACCAGCGACUUGCCCAUCUGGAUGGACUCUUGUUCAACGUUCAAUUGGUGGAUGGUGUAUCAGAGUAUUUAAUGGAAUGAACAAUCAAACCGAGUCAAUGAAAGCUUGUCAAACACGUGGCGCAGUUCUUUCGGGAGCUGAGAGUGCGUCCGAGCUGGCUGUAAUGGCUGCACUCGGACGUGAAUUACUGGCCACCUCUGUGUCGAAUUGGCAGUACGGAACCCUUCGAAUGGCUAUUGAGAGACCUAAUGUUAAUGGUGCAUGGCGAGUGACUGAUGGUAACAACAAUGGAGGAACCGCCGGACUCGUCUGGGGGCCGGGAGAGCCUAACAAGGACAAGUUGGCAUACGAAGACAAAAACUGCGCAAUGCUGUUCCUCGCCCUCCCGGGAGCUCCACCAACUGUUCGAGUUCACGGAACACUUCAAACAUUUAUAUGUCAUAUUACAUGGUUCGAUAUGUUGAGAGGAUAUGUUUGUGGAAGACGUGCCACAUAA